AUGUCAGAAUCAUCAUCAUUAACAUCAUCCACAAAUGGAGUUAAACGAACAGGUUCACCAUUACAAAACGGAGAAUAUAAACAACUGCAACAAAAAUCCGUAACUAGAGAUAUAAAUGGAUUUAGAUUAAAACAACAAGAUAUAGAUAAAUCAAAAAUAUUAGAUGAAGACCCAACAAAUACUACAACAACAAAGACAAUAGAAGAAAAAGAAGCAGAAGGUGCUGAAUACGUAAUAGAAAAAAAUUUAAGAAAAGUUUCACCUUAUUAUUAUACAUAUAUGACAUAUUGUAAAUUAAGAUGGAGAGAUCGUACAUUAUUAGAUAUUUUCACUGAAGAAUUUAGAGAUAGAACUCCUGAAGUAUAUGAAAAGGCAAUAGAAUCUGGUUUAGUUAAAUUAAAUAAUAAAGUUGCUGAUUUAAAUACUAUUGUUAAAAAUGGAGAUUUAAUAACUCAUAGAGGAUUUAGAAGAGAAGCUCCAGUUACUUCUUCCCCGAUAAAGAUAGUUUAUGAAAAUGAUGAUCUUUUAGUGAUUGAUAAACCUUCAGGAAUACCUGUACAUCCAACAGGUAGAUAUAGAUAUAAUACAGUAACAAAAAUUUUACAACAUGAACAAGGUAAAAUUGUACAUCCUUGUAAUAGAUUAGAUAGAUUAACUUCAGGUUUAAUGUUUUUAGGUAAAACUAGUAAAGGAUCAAAUGAAUUUAUGAAACAAAUAAGAGAUAGAAAUGUAUCCAAAUAUUAUAUUGCAAGAGUUAAAGGUAAUUUCCCCACAUCAGAUAUAACAGUAGAUAAACCAUUAUUUACAAUAAGUCCAAAACAUACUUUAAAUGUAGUUGAUUUAAAACAAGGUAAAGAAGCUAAAACUGAAUUUCGUAGAGUUUCAUAUGAUCCAAAAACAAAUACAAGUAUAAUUACUUGUCAUCCAUUAACUGGUAGAACUCAUCAAAUAAGAGUUCAUUUACAAAAUAUUGGUUUUCCAAUAGCAAAUGAUCCAAUAUAUUCAAAUUCAUAUAUAUGGGGUGAUAACCUAGGUCUUGGUGGUGAAGCAUAUUUAGAAGAUGUUAAACUAAAAAUAGAUUCUAUAGGUAAAACGAAAGAAGCAUCAAGUUGGAUUCAUCCAAACGAACCAGGGGAAAUAUUAACUAAUGAAAUAUGUCCACAAACUGGUCUACCAUUAUAUACUGAUCCUGGUAUUAAUGAUUUGGAAUUAUGGUUACAUGCAUAUCAAUAUGAAUCAACCGAUGGAGAUUGGUCGUAUAAAACAGAAUGGCCAGAAUGGGCUAUUGAAUCAAGUAGGAAAUUUAUGGAAUUAGCUUUGAAUGAAGCUCGUAAAUGUGGAGAAACUCAAACUCAAUAUAAUGUAGGAUGUGUUUUAGUACUUAAUGGAGAAAUACUAUCUACUGGAUACUCUAGAGAACUAGAAGGUAAUACCCAUGCAGAACAAAAUGCACUAGAAAAAUAUUUCUUAGUUAGUGGUUCUAAAGAUGUACCACCAGGGACUGAAUUAUAUACAACAAUGGAACCUUGUUCAUUAAGAUUAAGUGGAAAUUUACCUUGUGUUGAUAGAAUUAUAAAUUUACCAAAUAUAAAAUCAGUUUUUGUUGGUGUUGUUGAACCUGAUGUUUUUGUUCAAAAUAAUUCUUCUUAUCAUAAAUUAAAAUUGAAAAAUAUUGCUUAUGUUCAUAUACCUGGGUAUGAAAAUGAAUGUUUGGAUAUAGCUAAAAAAGGUCAUGAAAAAAUUGGAAAAAAUACAUAA